AUGUCCAGCCCAGGGCUCACGCUCCUGCUCUUGCUGAUGGCAACACCACCAUCUCUGCAGCCCUCCUCACUGGCACCACCAGACACCCCAGAGGGCGAGACCGCCAUCGUGGGCCUUAUCCUCUCAGCGCUGGAGAGAGCCACCUCCUUCCUGAAGAAGAGGCUGCCUGAAAUCAACCAAGACGGCGUGGUGGGCUUCCGGGUGAUGGAAGUGCAGCUAAAAGGUGUUCAGGAAAAGCAGGCCCAGGACCCCCAGCUGCAGUGGCUGAGCCUGCAUGUGGGGAAGCUGGUGGAAAAGUUAGUGCCUCUCCUUCACAGAUCCAUCUUCUACCUCAAGCUGAGUGACCCCAACUACCUAAGAGAGUUCCAGCCAAUCAUCCAACCUGGGUUUUGGAAGCUUCCGCAUGCCUGGACCAGCACAGAUGCUUCCAUAGUCUACCCCAUGUUUGAACCACAGGACUCCUUCUCAGAGGAACGCAGUGACUCGUGUCUGGUGCAGCUGCUGGGAACAGGGACAGACAGCCAGCCCUGCAGGCUCUCAGACUUCUGCAGGACCCUCAUGACCAAGCCCGGCUGCUCAGGCUACUGCUUGUCCCACCAGUUGCUCUUCUUCCUCUUUGCCAGAAUGAAGGGAUGCACAGGGGGACUGUUCUGCCAGAGCCAGCACUACAUGAACCUCUUUUGUGCCAACAUGAUGGACCUGAACCGGAGAGCUGAGGCCAUCGGAUAUGCCUACCCGACCCGGGACAUCUUCAUGGAGAACAUCAUGUUCUGUGGAAUCGGUGGCUUCUUGGAUUUCUACAAUCUCCGGUAGCUGGAGGCCAUUCUCAACUGGCAGAAGCCACAGGAAGGAUACUUCAGGAGGCCUGCUGCUGAAGAUGAAGAAUUAUCAAAAGCCGUUCAACGCCAACAGCAUGUUUUGAGAAGAGUGAAGAGGCGAGAAAAACAAUUUACAGAUGGCUGUUCCUCCCACAAGACAGCCAUGGCUGUGGCAGCCCGGGGGGGCUUCCUCUACGUCCCGGCUAAAUACCCCCUAGCAAAUGGAGAGCUGUGGCAGUCCACACUGGUGCCACCCGCAGUCGCUGAGACAAAUGUUUCCACACCUGCCACUAGAAGAUGA